UGUCAUCACAGAUAUGCGGUAAGUAUUAAUAUGGGAUGCUAGAUGACGGUUUUUUUAAACAUCUCCCCUACAAUUAAUGUGGAUGUGCUUGAGAUCAAACGUGCUCAGUGUUAUUUUUUUAAUUUGCCGUACCCAAUGGGUAUAAAGCUGAUCGUACUGUUGGGUCUGCUGCUGGGGGUGCUAUACUGCAUACACCUGCUAGUCCAGGAUUACCAGGCGCUGUCCGCGCCACGGAUGCUGUUCAGAUUCCUCUUCAAAAGGGAUGUCAACGCCCAAAACUAUACGAAGCCACACGUUCGCUGGAGAAGGAUUCUGCUUCACGACCCAAUCCAGUGUGCUCGUUACUUGUACUGCGACCUGGGCGCGCGGCCGUCCGACACAGAGCCGAGGAAGGGAUUCGUGGUCAUGCUGACGUUAGAUCCUCAUGCAGAGGAUAAGCUUUCCCACGAAGUGUUCGCGAAAGCUUACGAGUCGGGCAAGUUAAACAGCGACGCAGAAUAUUGCAAGAAGAAAUACUACAUGUGCCCUUUCGACGCGGGGUUCCUCUUCGAGAUAAUACAAUACCUGCUUAAAACUUAAGCAAAGUAUAUUGAC